CCGGCGCUGGGACUCGGAGGGAGAGGUGAUGAGAAACAACUCCCCUACCUCUCCCUGCGCAUAGCUGUAGCUUGAUCAGCGACUGAGAUAGCUGUCCGGUUUCCUUUGGAGAACAAUCAGCCACGGAGGCAGGCUCCAGAGACAGAAUUUACAGAUGUGCCCCACAAUGACAGAUGUGCUACAGCUGUAGCCGACUCCCUCUCGCUCCACCUAACCCAAACCUUCAUGACCAGUUGCCAUCUGGCUCUAGCACCGCUGGCCAAGGAGGACUCUCCCCCACACACCGCAUUUUCUUGGAGCGGAGGAGAGAGGGGAAGAUGGAUGAUGACUUGUAUGCGGAGGAGAACAUAACCUAUCUAUUGUCCCACAACAGGUCUGUCAAUGAAUCCGAUGCCAACCAGUUCGCGCAGCCCGCUUGGCAGAUCACCCUCUGGGCUGUCGCCUACUCUCUCAUUGUGAUCGUGGCGGUGGUGGGAAAUAUCGUGGUGAUGUGGAUCAUCCUAGCGCACAAGAGGAUGAGGACGGUGACCAAUUAUUUCCUGGUGAACCUGGCUUUUGCAGAAGCCUCCAUGGCCGCCUUCAACACCGUCGUCAAUUUCACCUAUGGCAUCCACAACGAGUGGUACUAUGGGCUGCUCUACUGCAAGUUCCACAACUUCUUCCCCAUCGCCGCAGUGUUUGCCAGCAUCUACUCUAUGACAGCCAUCGCCGUGGACAGGUACAUGGCUAUUAUUCAUCCAUUGCAACCCAGAUUAUCAGCCACAGCCACCAAGGUGGUCAUCAUUGUUAUUUGGUCCCUGGCUUUAUUGCUGGCGUUCCCGCAGGGUUAUUACUCGACGACAAUACAGUUUCCCAACAGGGUGGUGUGUCUGGUGGACUGGUCGGAGUAUGACACCAGGGCGUAUGAAAAAACGUAUCAUUUCUGCGUGACUGUGCUGAUCUACCUCCUGCCGCUCCUGGUGAUAGGAUGUGCCUACACGGUGGUUGGUAUCACUCUGUGGGCUAGUGAGAUACCUGGCGAUUCUUCUGACCGCUACCACGAGCAAGUGUCUGCCAAGCGAAAGGUGGUGAAGAUGAUGAUCGUUGUGGUAUGCACAUUCGCUGUCUGCUGGCUGCCCUACCACAUCUACUUCCUCUUGCGUUUUUUUAACCCUGAUUGGUACCAGCAGAAGUUUAUCCAGCAGGUCUACUUAGCAGUCAUGUGGCUGGCCAUGAGCUCCACCAUGUAUAACCCAAUCAUCUACUGCUGCCUCAACGACAGAUUCCGCAUUGGCUUUAAGCACGCUUUCCGGUGGUGCCCUUUCAUCAAUGCUAGGAAAUACGAAGGGCUGGAAAUGAAGUCAGCCAGGUACCUCCAGACCCAGAGCAGCAUGUACAAGGUCAGCCGGAUGGAGACAACUGUAUCCUCCGUCACCGGCAACACUGAGGAAGACAUUGAAGAGAGCAACAAAAUUAAGCGCCUGUCCGUGGAUAUGACAUCCAAUGGCUCCUCCCGCAGUGACUCUAAAACCGUCUCCGAGAGCUUCAGCUUCUAUUCCAACACAAUCUCCUAAGCUGCCAUCCAACUGAGCAAGGGUCAGAAAAUAUUGCUUAUACCUGCGCCCUAGAUCUCCAUUAACCAUAUAUCCAGGUGUACUUGUAUUCACCUUUUCCUGAUGAAGAUGCUAUGCAUUGGUUGCGGCAGUGUGCCUGUCUGACCCAGUGUAAUUACAUCUGUUAAUAUCAAUAAUAUCUUCUCUCUCCAUGGUAUCUUGCAGUCGUUUGCUGGACUGAAGGCUUAACCGAUGCUGUUCACUGAAAGCAGAUAUUAAUUUAUGAUACAGCAUUGCAGAAAAAAGAUGGUAGGUAUCAGAACUUGGCCUUCAGUGCUGCUGUUCAUUCUCAAGCUAUGCUUUGCCAUUGAUUGUGUCUGAAUGCAAUAUAGAUUUCCACUGGGGGUGGAGGGGUCCAUCUCCUUUCCCCACUAUUUUUGUUAUCAUAUCUCCUCUCUUACUUGCCAUUCACUUGUUGCUGAUUAACAAAAUGGAGAAAUGGUACCAAAAGAGGAAGCUAGAGCUGGUGACAUAUGAAACAAACAAUACACGUCCACUAGCUUAGUAGGCAACACUGCAGCAAAGGCUGCCUCUCUUGCACAUGGUAUGUUAAACACAGAUGAUUUCAGUUCCUUUUAGGUGAAGAAAAGAUUGAGCUCUUGAGGUUUAUUGCUACCAUGCCUUUCUUUUUAUUCUCCACUACUCAGCUAUACUGAGUAUAUGUCAAGGUAUACGCUUACUUCUCUCAAGGAUCCUAUCUGUAGUGUCGUCCAGCAGAGUUUACUGGAUUCAGGUUAAAGUUGACCAUGUGACCUGUUCAGCUUCUUUUGCUCUUACAGCUGAAAAGAUUCUAGCACAACCCCUGAUUUCCUCUGGGUCUCCUAGACUCACUCGUUGCACAAUCCUAACCUCAUGAUGCAAAGACUUCAAGAUCUAGGACUGCAGAAUCAAGCCAGAACCUUAGGUGUUUGCUCUAGCUGGCUGGCUCUGGGGGUUUCAGAUACAGCUCAAUACAUUGGCCUCGCUCUAAUUUCUUCACAAAGCUAAUUUGACACUCUAGAGCUUGGGAAUGCCUUUGUUUAAAGUUCUAUAUGGGGUUUGUGGCUUCUAUCACCAUUAUCUGGAUAGUCCAAGAGACGCACAAUACCAAAUUCACUACUAUGCUCUUCCCUUUUUAAACCCCCCCCAACGCCCACCAAAUUAUUCUUAAUAUAUAAAGGGAAAUACAGCAAGAAACAAAAUGUCUGGGUUAGCCCUAAUUGUCAGGAAAUAAAUAUAGUUUGCAAACAGGCCCUAUACCGUCAGCAGUGCACCCCUCCCAGCCCCUCAAAACAUGCUUGGGUACUGCUCCUAUACAUGGCUUGGGUUUUCCUUGGAUGUUUCCCAGUUAAGUGCUGAACUGGCCUGACUAUGCUUCAUUUGGGACACUAGAGCAGUAGGACCCUCAGAGAGUGCCAAGAGACAUCUGUCUCCAACACAUGUAAUUGCGAUCAGACAGUAGAGAUGGCAAAAAGCAUAUUUUGAAUGAAUGAAACUUCAUCAGUGUGCAUGUGGGGCUAUACCAGGGAUAACAAGAGAGGUAGCAGUAGAUAGUAUAUGUAGUCAGAUGUAGGUUUAACAAUGCCAGCAGAAAGUAAUUUUGUAAAUAAGCAUGGAAUUGGGGCUUAAGAGGAAAGAAUAUUAGGUAUCAUCUAAUACCAAUAUCUGAUGUAACUGAAAGCUAAAAGGAAUGUCUAACACAUUUACAAAAACAAAACCUACUAAAAAGGAAGUGAUAUACUUCUAUUGUGGAAGAUGCUUUUCAGUGCAUGCCUUGCAUUUCAACACCAUUACGGUAGAACCUCAGAGUUACGAACUGACCAGUUAACCACACAUUUCAUUUGGAACUGAAAGUACACAAUCAGGCAGCAGCAUAGACCAAAAAAACCCGCAACCAAACAGACACACAAAAAGCAAAUACAGUAUAGUACUGUGUUAAAUGUAAACUACUAUAAUAAAAGGAAAUCAGUAUUUUCCUUCUGCAUAGUAUAGUUUCAAAGCUCUAUUGAGUCAGUGUUCAGUUGUAAACUUUUGAAAGAACCACCAUAAUGUUUUGUUCAGAGUUACAAACAUUUCAGAGUUAUGACCAACCUCCAUUCCUGAGGUGUUCAUAACUCUGAGGUUCUACUGUAGUUGCAGUUUGUAAAACUCUGAUUCGUUGUAAGAGACUGAAAUACCUUGCAGAUACCUGGGUGGGUCUAACUGUGGGGUGCCUAUCCUUUGGUUAAAAUCGACUGAAAUGUAUGAAAUUAAGUCAGAGAUUAAAUUUGGGAGGUACUCUAUUAUGCAGCCUGUAAACUGACCACAGGAAGCUACAGCUGUUAAAUAAAUCCCCAUCCCAAACUGUUUUUAUAGAUGGUAGAAAUACCUUUAUUUAAUUUAAGUAAGGAUACCAUUAGUAAGUCCACAGAUUUCUCCAGUGGUUUUUGCUAGGUAGAAAUAGCAAAAGCCAUCAUAUACUAUUUUAGUCUACAUUCUGCUAAGCACUGCCGCUGGAAAACAGCUCUUCUGGAUAUCAUAUAAGUCGGCCAUUCUUUAUUGUGGUGACCGUAUAAGGUUAUAGGGUGCCACACUUCAUGCAUACACUUGCUACAGUACCACCUCCCAUAUAUUAUCAACCUCUCCUUUCAUCCAAGUCCUGCAUGAGAUGAUCUCUCAUGCUUCCUGUUCCGUAGGACAAGAUCUCACAUUCAUUUUCCUGCUGCUGCUGCCUUAUUCUUCAAAUAAUUUUCUAGUAGCUUGCAUGAUGUGGGAAAAAGGAAGGGUCACAGAUGGAGGAGAGAUUUUUUUUAUUUUUUUUUUGCAUGCAGACUUCAGACCCACUCCUUGAAGUCUGACCCUAUAUUUACACUACUCGGUAUCACGCUAUUGUACAACAUUCAAGUACCCAGUGCACAGCAUGAGCCUGGUAAACUGAAAUGCCUUAGUGGGACAGUAGCAAUGUAGUUUAACUUGCAAGCGAUGAGUUUUUGCUCUGUCAAUGUUCUGUGGAAUUUAUCUAAUUGGAGGUUUUUAAAUGGAUGUUGGAUAAUACCCUUUUUUGCAAAAUUUAUCAGAGCUGCACUGCAUUAAGAAGGUACUGUAAAAGCAGGAGUGCAUUUUUAUGCCAGUUCAGAGCGAAAGGCUGGUUGACUUAUUCAGACAAGCAGCCCCAAAAGAAACAUUAAAUUGAAGUAAAGCUCUACGUGAGUACAUACACGAGUAAGGCAAGCAAGAUUUGGCUUAUACUCCCAUCAUCAUAAACACAAAAUUUGUGCUGGGCUGGUACCUACAGGUUGACCUUAAAAAAAACCACACACACCUAACCACCCUACAUUCCUGCAUGCUUUACGCUAUAGUUGUUCCAUACUUACAAGGCACACGAGGAGAACAAGAAUUAUUGGUUUCUUUUUUCAGUGGCCUACUUACAGUAAGUUUACAACCAACACAAUAUGUUAAAGAUGGGAGCGCCCUAAGGACACGCAUAGGGAUAAUAAAGUCGCCAUAGUUCACAGCAUAAGAUACUUCUUGUUCAUACUGUACAACUUUACAAGCAACUCCAUUCAUACCCAAGUGUUUUUACUUGAAGUAAUAACACAGUGAGAAAGUAGUAAGUAACAUUACAGUUUUUGUGGUGAAAUUAAAAAUGAUGGAAUACACAAUCAUCAAUAUACCUAUGCUGUAACUGUUUACAAAAGAGUUUUGACUGGUUUACAAGGUUAGGUCAGGGGGUCAUUCUUAUUAACAUGUGUGUAAACUAUAUCAUAGGUGCAGGGUCAGAAUCUUAAAAUGAGGCAUCCUGCAACGUCCAACUGUUCAUUCGAAAAAUGGUUUUAUCAGUCUUUUGAAAUAAAGUGGGCCAGAUGCUUAAGUGGUGUAAAUGGGUAUAAUGCCAAUUACUUCAGUGGAGCCUCAAGCAUUUAGACCAGCUCAGGAUUUGGCCCAGUGACAAGGACAUUUCCAAGGACUAAGCCACCAAAGGUAUUUCUUUCUAUUCACUGGGGACUGGGUUAGUAAAAACCAAAGUGUUCAGUAUAAAAUGGGCAUAGUUAAAAGCUAGAGGGAGUCCAGAGCCAAACUUUCCUGAAAAUGGAAGGUUAUUUGAAUUGGGGGGUUGGCCUUAGCCUGUUAUAGAGACUCUGUAGAAUUAGGAUCUAGAGUUCGGCUUUUGGUUCAGGUCCACAUCUAUUAGAAAUAAAUAGGAUGUAUGUACAUGUAUGCAACAAGUUAGCUAGCUCAGAGGACCCUCUUGUGCAAUGAGAUAGGGAUAUCAGGGCUGCCCAGAGGAUUCAGGGGGAGUGGGAUAUUUGGCGGUGGGGGGCCCCCACUUCGGCAGUAAUUUGACGGCGCGGGGUCCUUCCGCUCUGGGACCCGCCGCCAAAGUGCCCCGAAGACCCAUGGCGGGGGCCUCCACCACCAAAUUGCCACCGAAGACCUGGCACUUUGGCAGCAGGUCCCGGGGCGGAAGGACCCCCCGCCGCCGAAUUGCCGCCGAAGAUCUGGAGUGGAAAAAACUCUGGGGGCCCGGGCCCCGCAAGAGUUUUCCAGGGCCCCCGGAGUGAGUGAAGGACCCUGUUCCAGGGGCCCCAAAAAACUCUCAUGGGGGCCCCUGCGGCCCGGGGCCUGGGGCAAAUUGCCCCCCCUCUGAGCGGCCCUGAGGGAUAUUGGCAUGUAAAUCUUCUACGCUGACUGAAGAGCUCAUGAAAGAGACAUGGGGAACCUCCUUCCCCCCGCCCUCAAUACACUAUGAGUCUAAAUACUUUCCUUUCAAAUAGUGUAACUGUAGUGCAGAGUCCUUGGGCUUUAUCUGUUUCAGGUUUACUCUCACUUCUUUUAUCAGAAAUCCAAUUCAAAAGCAUGAUGAUUUCUUUCCUGGCUUUCUGCAAUGUUGAAUAAUAAUAUUCUGAAAUAGUCACAUAGGAGAUCUAUUCCUCCUUUGUUACCCAUACAUAUUACUCCUACUGACAUUAAUGGAAGCUGCAUGUUCUCUCCUGAGACAGCGAAGAGAUGCAUGAGUAUAAUAAACAAGCAAUAUAUUUACUAAUUAAGCACACUACACGCUGGAGUGUCAGGACUAAUACAGCUUUUUCUAUUUAUUCAAAAUUUAAGGCUGCCAAGCAGACUUGACUCCAAAACACCUCAAACCAUCCCCAAAACAUUGGAAAGGGGAGGGGAUUUCUGCAAACCAAACCUAGGUUUUCAAGCAACCCCUAUCUUUGUAGAGGAACCAAACAAAAAUACUGUGUCUGAACACCCAAAACUGAAAUUAGCGUCUAAAAUAUUCUCCUUUGGGAACAGGUAUGAUGAGUCCCAUCCCUCUAGGGGCUGGGGUAUGGUAUCCAGUUGUGCAUCUGAUGACAGACUUGUGCUGAAAAUUGGUAGCACUUGUACCUUGAAACUGUUUCCCCCGUCUUGCCUGGGCCCUAAAAUAGAUAAGUACAAUAGGACAGAUUCGUGGAGUUCAGGGGCUGUUCUUCAGGGCCAGUCCUCACACACAGAGGCCCAACAAGAUGACAUACACAUCACAAUGUCAAAAUGAAGCAACGUCACAACCUCAUGAUAUAAAGACGUCAUCUCAGAUGGUCAAAAUCAAUGUCAGCAGAACAACUCCAGAACACGGUGCAUUUGCUUUAGCUGGCUGUCUCUGGGGGUGGCUUCAGAUAGGCCAAUGGAUUGACCCUUAACUCAAGUUCCCACACAAAGCUGAUUAGAUCUUCUAGCCCCAACUGUGGGCUAUACCAAUUCACUAACACAUUCUUCCCUAUGUAUCCCCAGACACCCGCCACGUUACUGUCAGUAAUCAGCACACAUACAGCAAGAAGAAAAUUAUUAGCUCCAUUUUAUUUGCCACAGUCUAGAAUAAGUUUGCAGAAACGGAAAGGAGGUAGCUCAAGUGAUAACCCAAACUGCCUUCACUUGUGGCCCAUGCAAGAGAAAUGCACUUAGCCACAGAUCAUCCUGUCCAGUGCACAGAGCUAUCAUGGUCUUCAGACUACCAUUACCAGCCACACAAUGAUCCAAAACCAGCUGCUUGGCUCAUCUUGAGGCAUUAGAGUUUCUACCAUGCCAUCCCAACAGCUCCCAUUCCUGUAUGGAAGAGGAGUGUCUGCAGUCUGCUACAUUUAUGCAAUAUAGGUGAAGCCCACUAGCUCUUGGCAAACUGCCCGCAAGGCCCUAAGCUGGGAAAGCACAGUUGCCUCUUAGCUAGAAUAAUCUUGCAGGAUUUUAUAACCGCAACGGGCUUCAUGGACCUAUUCUACAAGAUUCAAUUUCUUCCUGUCGUUAGAGAGAGAUAUCCAAACUCAAAUCUUUUAAUGUCACGUUCAUGAUUUCCCCACCCCACACCCUAUAUAAAGAGUGUCACAGCCCAAGACUCAAAGAUUUAUCACCUUGUCAAUCCAUUCACAAAAUCCACAGGCCAGUAUUUUAAACUAUCUGAAAUGGUUUGCACGCAGAUGGCUGAAUCACAGUAAAACCUCUAGACUGAGCUUCAUGAUGCCCUGGAAAAGGGGGUUAUAAAUCUGAACAACAGCCGGAGAAAGGUAAAAGACCACACUUGGCUUUCCCUGAGAGAUCGGGUUUUUUUUGGCCUUCCUCUGAAGCGUGGGGCCUGGGUCACUUGCUCGUUUGAACUAGAGUAAAUGGUGCAUUCUCUGUAAUUUGAAGUCUUUAAAUCAAGAUUUGAGGACAUCAGUAACUCAGCCAGAGGUUAUGGGCCUAUUACAGGAGUGCGUGGGUGUGGUUCUGUGGCCUGCAGUGAGUAUGAGGUCAGGCUAGAUGAUCAUGAUGGUUUCAUUCUGGCCUUAAAGGCGAUAGUCUGAGUCUAAGCUUUCAGCCCUGGACAAAGUGAUUCUAAUUCUGUGCAAUAUGAUACAUUCAGAAAAAAAAAUCACAGUGUGAAGUACCAAUGGCUUGUGAUGUUCAACUCAUGGUCCAGCUAAUGAUUACAGUAUUGUAUGACGUGCAUUCUGUGGUUAAUGUCUAUGUAAAACAAAAAAAUUGUUGAUUUUGUUUACUGUUAAGUCAAAACAUAUUUUCAUAAAUAAACAUUUAUUUCAUGA